AUCCCAUGAUGCCGUGCGCUGUCCGAGGACACGCGGAUUCCCCUCGAGCUCUGCUGUAAGGUCUUCUACUGACAGGACGGUCAUUCUAUGUACUUAUGGCUCAUACAACUACAGAAAACACUUUUGACAGGAUCAAAAACCUCUUGAAUUUCAAUGUGUUGGAUUAAUGGUUGACCUGUUCUAGUUGGAGGCUCUGUGGUCAAACGUCUCAGGGAGGAGGAGAUGCAUCGUGUUCUGUCCCAGGGUGCAUUGCGGCAGAUGGCCUACGUGCGGCCUGUGGUCGUGGGCCUGUCGGUGUGUGAGGCUCGCCUGGCCGUGUCGGUGUGUAUUGUAGGCCGCCUGCCCCCCGGGCCCGGCCAGCGCUGGGUCAGUACCUCAGCCUUUAACAGGGCAGUAGAACAGCCCAAGCUCCGGCCGGAGGACCAGGACCCACCCAGCCAUCCCCUCAGCCUGGCUGGAACAGAGCCCGUCUAUGGGGCAGACUCCUCCAAGCUGCCUGUGGAGGCCCCACCGGAGGCUCCAGAGAUAGACCCUCUGCAGGACAAGUCCAUUGGUCUGGUCCAGAGGUUCAAGAAGACCUUCAAGCAGUAUGGGAAGGUGAUGAUACCUGUCCAUCUCCUGACCUCCAGCGUCUGGUUCGGGACCUUCUACUACGCUGCUAUGCAGGGAGUGAAUGUGGUGCCUUUUCUGGAGUUCAUUGGUUUACCAGAGAAGAUCGUUGGUCUGCUGAAUCACUCUUCUGGCGGCUAUGCCCUCACUGCCUACGCCAUGUACAAGGUAAUACUCCCUAAAAGCACCAACUGUGGAAUAAACAGGUUCUCAGGCUGA